AACAUCGACACAAAAGAGACAUCGCUCCGUUCUCCAUUCAUCCAUUCAUCCUCUCAUCCAUUCAUCCCCACAUCCAUCCACCAGACACCAGUCUGUGGUUUGAAUCCUCUGAGCAUGGACAUGUCUCUGCUGUUUGUCUGCAGGAUCUUCAUUCAGCUCAUCCCAGCUGUGUUGCUGAUGUGGCCGUGGUCCGUUCAGGGUCUGCGUGUGAACAUGUUUCCCAGAGAGCCUCUGUUCACACUGGGGGAGCGCCAGAUGCUGGUCUGCUCAGCUCAGGACUGUCCUGUGACGCCAAGCUUCGCCUGGUCUCUGCUGGACGAUCGGCCUCUGACCGCCUCCAUCAGAACCAACGGGACCCGGUCUGUGGUGACCUUUGACCCUGUAAUGAUGGAGCAUGAAGGAGCUCUGCUGUGCAGCGUCAGCUGUGCAGCAGAAAAGAGGCAGACCAAAGCAUUUGUGCAUGUUUACUCCUUCCCAUCAGACCCUGUGAUCCAAGGCCAGGACCAACUGAGACUGGGGGUGGAGUCCAUGCUGACCUGUCAGGUGUCUGAUCUUUACCCUGCUGAGCAGCUGAACCUCACCUGGAUCAGUGGGGACAGAGUCCUGCAGAGCAUUGUUGGAGAUCCUGGAUCCAGCUCUGUCUGGUCUGAAUACAGGUUCACUCCUCAGAACCAAGACUCAGGAACCAACAUCAGCUGCAGGGCCACGCUGAACCUGCCAAACCUGCCAAUUGACAGCAGGACCAGAGAGACCACCAUCCUCUUAAACGUGCCAUAUGCUCCUGUCGUGACAUCGAUCUCAGACACGGUGUUGGUGAUGGCCGGCUCUGAGAUCACGCUCAACUGUUCAGCGGAGGGGAACCCCCAGCCGACCAUCACUUGGAGCUUCAGAACAACAGAUGGUCAGUCUCUGUGGCGAGGUCGAGGUCAAGGCCCUCAGCUCGUCCUCACGGCCGUGAGUCUGUCUGAGGCCGGACGCUACGAGUGUGAAGCCCGAAACAGUGAAGGAAAACAGACGGCUGCUGUGGAUGUCAUUGUUCACGGUCCACCCACCAACACCUCCAUCUCUGUGAGUCCAGGUGAGGAGGUGGUGGAAGGUCAGCAGGUCACAAUUACCUGCCGCUCAGAUGCAGCUCCGCUCGCCAUGCUGGUGCUGACGAAGGAAGGGGUGAGGCUUCAGAGGACUAACAUCGCCUCCUCCUUACUCUCCUUCAGCCUCUCUUCCGCCCACCUGGAAGACUCCGCCCUCUACCAGUGUGAAGCCUCCAACCAGUACGGAUCCCAACUGGUCUCCAGCUCCAUCAGUGUCAGAGCUCACCCCCUGCAGGUGGAGGUGAGUUCUCGGGUCUCAGUAGCAGAGCGGGGUUCAGCUCUGGUCCUGACCUGUAGAGCGUCCGGAUGUCCCCACCUUCCCACCUUCACCUGGAGGAGAAUGGACCAGAACCGGACUGUCCUUCCUUGGACGCAGCAGCAGGACAGGCAGUCCCUGCUCCACCUGUCGGACCUGGACCUCCAGGAUCAGGGAGGAUACAGCUGUGAGGCCAAGUGUGACUCUGUCAUCAGGACCACAGACACCCAGGUCAUCAUCUACUCGUUUCCAUCUGAUCCAGUUGUGAAGGAUCCUGGUCCCGUCAUGCUGAGCCAGGAGGCGGUUUUUCACUGUGAUGUCAUUAAUGUCUUCUCGACCAAUCAGCUGACGAUUCGGUGGCUGUCGGGGAACACAACACUGAUGUUAGAGUCCUUCGGGAUCUCCGGUUCUUUACAGAACGUCUCGUCUGUUCUUCAGCACCAGAUCAUGGGGAACCAGCAGGUUCUGACCUGCAGAGCGGAGCUUCUGAUGGAGCACAGAAACAUGUGGAUGUCUAGGGAGACUACCGUCCCUCUGCAGGUCCACUAUGCUCCAAGGAAAACCUCCAUCUCUGUGAGUCCAGGUGAGGAGGUGGUGGAGGGUCAGCAGGUCACAAUCAUCUGCCGUUCAGAUGCAGCUCCGCUCACCACACUGGUGCUGAAGAAGGAAGGGGUGGAGCUUCAGAGGGCUGACUCUGCCUCCUCACUCUCCUUCAGCCUCUCCUCCGCCCAUCUGGAAGACUCCGCCCUCUACCGGUGUGAAGCCUCCAACCAGUACGGAUCCCAACUGGUCUCCAGCUCCAUCAGUGUCAAAGCUCCUCCGCGAAACACCACAGUCCUCGUCCUGCCGUCUACAGAGGUCCAGGAGGGACAAAAUGUCACCGUCUGCUGCCGAACCACGAGCUUCCCGCCAUCAGCCAUGAUCCUGAAGAAACUGAGAAAUGGGACAGAGAUAUAUUCCCUCAAUGGCACCUUUCUAUUGGUCAACGUCACAGCCAGAGACUCAGGGCUGUACCAGGUCAACGUGACCAAUGACCUUGGUUACCAGGUCAAGGUCUUCAGCAUCAGAGUCACAGAGAGAAGCUCCGGCCUUCCUUCCAGUCACAGCGUCGUCCUCAUCCCAAGCAUCUGCGCCGCCGCUGGGGUCGCAGCUGCUGCUCUGUUCCUCGACUACCUGAGGAGAUCGAGGAAGAAGGGCUUCUAUCAGCUGCACCAGUCUGCUCCACACUCGGCCUGAGCUGGACUACCAAGCUGUGACUUCCAUGUCCCUAGAAUUUGGCAGCUGUCUCCCAAAGUGUGGCUUCUAAAGUACAUUUCACUCCAACACACAGCUCUGAAGGCCCAGAUACGGCUGUGAUGUCCCUGCUUGUGGCUACCAUUUCCCAACAUGUGGCUGCUGAGUUCCGUCAUUUGGCUUCUGAAUCCCAGUGUGUGAUGAGUAUGUGCUAUUUGCCAAGUUCCAGUAUGUGGCUAUCACAUACAAACAUGUGACUUUCAGAUCCCAACACACGAGUCCAUCCUGAGAAACACAGAUGGCCGUUACCUGCCGCUCAACAACGAACCGUCUGAACAGCCAUAAAAUCUCCAUCUGUACUCGUCAGUGCUCGUCUGUCGGCUCCUAGCAGCUUCGCAGCUUAUUUUUCUGCUGAAUCAGCGACUUUUUAGUGGGUGAACUGUCCCUUUAACUGCCUGAAGACUCAAACUGAAACUUUUCCUCUUCCAAUUAAGUUGUACAGUGUCUGAGUUUGGUACUGCUGUAUCUUCAGUUGUUAUGUGCUCCAAACAGAACCACAUUGUUCCUGUGGGUCUGUGUUUAUCUUGGAUAGGCUGCUGUUCUUACUCCAACGUGCUGGAUGUACAGUUUCCACUCUCUGUUUGUAUUAAAGCUAUUUAUU